UGCAUCGCUCGCCGGCUCACUUGGUCCCCGCUGACAGCGCGGGCCGGACUGCAGCCGAGCGCGUUGGCGAUUCCGUCGUGUCGGGGCGAGCGAGGCCGGGCUUCUCUUCGGAGUACAGCGCGUAUAAACACGAUCCGGCGGCGACACGCUUUCCUCGAGCAAGAAAUCUCGUGCAUUCCUGACUUCCGGUGGCUUACUUUGAGGCCGCGAUCCGUGACGUCACGACGAUGAGCGCUGCGAUCAAGACUCUCAUGUUGACAAUGCUUGGGCUGACUUUGGCUUCGUCAGCCGAGACGCGAGGCUACGGGACCCAGGGAGACCUGGCAGUCGACCCCGGAGCCCUGUCCCUGGGGAGCCACGUCGGCGACUGGGGCGAAGCCGCUUGGGGCGGCCGGAUCCACGCCAACGACUCCUUGGCGGCGGAGCAGGACCUCGCGGACAGGGACGAGCGCAUCUUGUUCACCCUCGUUCGCUUCAAGAACUCCGGCUGCACCGUCGGCUCGAACUCCGGGACUUGCUACACGGCGAGCGAGUGCCGGAGCCUCGGCGGCACCAACAUCGGGUCCUGCGCCCGAGGCUUCGGAGUAUGUUGCUACAAGGAGAUCACGUGCGGCGGCUCGUCCUCCACCAACUGCACGUACCUGGUGAGCCCCAACUACCCAAACACGUACAACGAGGCCCAGACGUGCAGCAUGACCUUCACCAGGAACGCCAACACGUGCCAGCUGAGGCUCGACUUCGAAGAGUUCAUGAGUACACAACCAGACAAUUUCGGUGUGUGCCAAGAGGAUCAGUUCACGGUUCCUGGCGAACGGAAGUUUGCUUACCUGUGUGGGAACAAACCUUCAGAACCAUGGCACUUUUAUUUGGAUGUCAACGGAAAGCCCAACCCUACUGUUUUCAACUUCUUAACGACUGCCACAAGUUUCAAUAGGAAAUUCAAAAUCAAGGUCUCUAUGAUUGAGUGCCGCCAAAAAGUGCCUUGCGGAUGCGGCCAGUACUUCACGGGCAUGACGGGCACAAUCCAGAGCUUCAACUACGGCAGCGGCCCAUACCUCGCUGACCUCGACUACGGCAUCUGCACGAGGAAGGAGAAGAACAAGUGCACGACGACCCUCACCACCCUCGGGCCCAGCUUCACGGCCUGCCCCUUCGACCUGUACAGGAUCCCGGUCGGCCAGACCGGCGCGAACAACCUAUUAUUCCCGUCGUUGAACGUGCUGGUGCUCUACUGCCAGUUCUUUAUCGCGAACAACCCGGCGGUCUUUCAGGAUGUGACAACUAUCCCGUCGCCCCUGACGAGCGUGUCCAACGGCCCCUUCAUGAUCUGGCACAUGACCAGCAACGACAUAAUUCCCAACGCCCUUCCCGGCGCCCCCGAACUGGCAGGAUUCUACCAGUCCUUCUCCCACAACCCGUGCUAGCGGAAGGAGGCGGGCGCGCGUGUGCUCUGGGGCUCGGAGCCCAUUUGCAGUGGAUUUGUAUUAUUUAGAUUAAAUAUGUUUAU